AUGGUCGCCGUGAACAGGUUGGUCAACCCCGGCAUCGCUGCGCACGAGGCCGCGAUGCGCAAGUAUCGAGCCGCCAAGACGUUUGCCUAUGCCAACAAGGUGCCCAAUGACACGCUGCCCGAGAUCAGCGUCAAAGGCGUCGACGGCCUCCUGCAAUGGCCGCUGCCGCCAGCACAAGAACAACAGCUCUUCGCGCGCUACACGGCCAUCAACGGCUGCAUCACAGUUCCGUUGGAAGACAUCCGGUAUGACUACCGAGACGACAGUCCGUGGGAAGACUCUUUUGACGAGCACGUUCUCGACGCUGUGGACCUCGGGCUGGGGAUGACGACGACGAAUCUCUGCGCGUACUUUUCUCACAUGUGCCUCGAUACGACGGGCUCCGUGGAUGCCUUUACACCCGAUUACAUUGACGCAGAGGACUUCGACACGAAUCUCUUUGGCACGCUCGUCGUUGUGCUCCCCGCGCCGUACAACGGCGGCAAGAUCACGGUGGCUUUCGAUGGCGCGUCGACGUCGGUGCAGUUGAAGCCACUCAAGAAGGCCAUGCGCUUUUUAGCAACGUACAGAAACACGACGCUGGCAUCGUCGCCCAUCACGUCCGGCUACCGCGCCGCGCUCGUGUAUCACUUGGUGGGUGUGAAUCUCCCGCUGGACGACACCUCGCUCCUGCCCGUGCCGCGCCACGAGUCGAUUUCUGCAUUUGCAGCGAUUGCGGCGACACCGCUGCCGCCUCGCCAGCGCAUUGCGCGCCCGAUUCGAUACGAGAUGGAAGCGCUCGUUUUUGGCGCGCUAAAGCCGGCAGAGGCGGACUUUGUCGAUCUCCUCGUCGCCACGCAGUGCUACGACAUCGCACUUGUGCAGUUUACCACGAAUGUGCCUCGUAUAUUUGCCGACAUUGGGGCUCUCAACAUCGUGGCCGCGAGCGUGCCACAUCCAUCGUGCCGGAUCCCCAAGAUUGUCGCCCAGCGCUUGCUGGGGAAGCGCGCCAACGCCUUUCUCAAGGACGCUGGCGAAGCGCUUGGUCAGGACAACGACAUCUUUGCGUGUUCAGCAGCAGCGAUUCUCUUUUGGCCCAAGGCCUGCCGCGUCGGUAUCGUGGGAGUCGAAGUCGCCUUCCCGCUGCUCAAGAAGGCGAUAUCGAACUCAAGAGCCAGCAAGCUCGGUCUGCACUGCGCCGACGAUCUUGUCCACGGCGCCAUUGGGCUCUUCCAGAGCAUGCCGCCCCAGUACGUUUUGCCGUUCAAGUACGUCACUAUGAUGAACGAUGCCUUGGUCAAUUGCAACAACGUGGCGAUGGCGGAGCUCUUUCUCGGCGACGCAAUAUCGGUCUCUAACCAAUGGUCAGAGACCGACAUGAUUUACCUCUGCUUGGCAACGUACGGGUGGCCAGCUCUGGAGGCGGCCAUGCUGCGGCUCAUCCAACGCUGGGUCAAAGACGACGUGAGAUCCAUCUCUCGGCUCUUGGCGAACUUGGCGGGUGCCACCAAGAACGGCAAGUGCACCCCAUUGAAGCAGCCGUUUGUUUGUGAGUUCUUCAAGCGCUGCUGGCACGAGGUGCUCAUCCACCAAUCCGUGUGGCCGUCCUCGACCAUCGACGAGUACAUUGUUCUCAUGGACGGAUAUCUCCACGACAUGGCGCCUUUGGUUGCGAAUGGCCAUUGGCUGAACCACAAGCUGCCACCAGCGCUGGUGUCGGUUGUCGACAGCUUUCUCUACAAGCACCGCCGCGGCGUGUACACGCUCCUGUCGCUCCGUUUCACGACCGAAGAUCGACUGAAAAUCUUCCCGGAACUCCUCCUCAAGGCAACCGCGCUGCAACCGACGCUGAAUCAAAAAGCAACGUCGAGCUUCGAAGGCGGCUACUGUCUCUUGCGCGUUAUGGACCAAAUCGGCCGCUGCGACGAACGACUCAUGGAGAAAGUGGCGCUGCUCAAUGGCUACGAAGUCGUCAUCGCCGUCUCGUGGCUCGUCACAAAACAUGCGACGAUCGCGGCGUCGACGCGCGCUUCGGCGAUCAUUUUCUUGGACACGUGCGCCGUCACGCUCCUCCAAAAUGCAGAAAAUGAAGAGGUCACGCCCGAUAUCAUGGUGGAUCUCGUCAUGGCAACGGUCGUCGCGUUCAACGACAUCGCCCCCGAGAAGAUUCCGAGUUUUCUGACGAAGUGGAUUGCAAAAAUGCCACCGACAUUCGACACGAACCGAAACCAGCUCUUUCCCGUCAUUAAGCAAGUGACGGCCAUGUUCCCCGGCCGCUUCCGUGACGCGAUCGUUGCGCUCGCGACGCGGUGCCGAGCGAUCUUUCUGGACGACGCACGCCGCACGCCGUCAGCGCGAGAUCUAUCGGUGACCGAGGCGCAAGCCUUUUUGGGCAACCACUUUUUACAAGACAGAGAUCUGGCGUCGGUUGCGACAUUGGACGCGUUGCUUGCACCACCUCCAACGACUGCUCCUCCCAAAGGCGGCGAACGCAAGUCGCGCAAGCGCCGCCGCCACAAACACUGA